GUUGGCUUCCUUCCAAACAAACAAGCCAUUAAAUACCUCAACAGAGUAAAAACAAGCCAAAUCAAAAUCUAGUCGAUCACAUCGAAUCCAACAUCCGCAGAGAGAAUGAGUUUUCUCGCGGGAAGGCUAGCAGGAAAAGAAGCUGCCUACUUUUUCCAGGAAUCCAAACAUGCCGUUAACCGGCUUGCUGAGAAAUCCAUCCCCACCUCCAAGAACCUCCCGUCUUCUCCUCUUUCAAGCGAGCACGAAUCCCAAGCUGACGUUCUUCCGGAGGUCUUGAGGCAUUCCCUUCCCUCCUACAUCUACGGGAAACCGUCCGAUUCAUCGUCUCUUUCCACAGCCUCCAAGUGGGCACUGCACUCCCAUGUCAGUAAGGCCUCCACUGUGUCCCCUGAUGCUUUGAAUCCUCUCAGAGCUUAUCUAUCUCUGCCUCAGGUCACCUUUGGCCCCAAAAGGUGGGAAUUGCCGUCACAAGAGAACUCGGUGUUGGCGUCGACGGCGAACGAAAUGAGAAAAGACAGAUAUACCCCUAUAAAUCCAGAGAAAUUGAAGGCUGCAGCUGAAGGGCUCACACAGAUUGGAAAGGCAUUUGCAGUUGCUACUGCAAUUGUGUUUGGUGGAGCCGCAGUGGUGUUCAGUUUGGCAGUCUCCAUGCUAGACCUGCACAAUAGUGAUGAUAUCAGAACUAAAGGGAAAGAUUUGGUUCAGCCAAAAUUUGAUAUUAUUAGAGAGCAAUUGGUGCCUUUAAAAACAUGGGCAGAAGACACAUCAAAGAAAUGGCAUCUCAGUAGGGAGGAAGAUAUUAAAGAGAAACCUAUUGUCAAGGAGCUUUCUAAAUUUUUUGGUGCCAAAACGUCUAAUUGAUCUCCAUCUAUGCUGUUUGAUAAAUGUCAUAGCAAAGACAAUAUUAGAAAUGUUGUAUUUUUUUUUUUUGGUUACAUCUGAAAGAAACAAAUGUUAUAUUCAUAACAGACGUGAAUUUUUGGCCUACUA